ACGUGGCUUUGCCGGUGGCACUUCCUCGCGUGGCUCAUCUGCGUCUUCAUCCCCCUGGUCAUAAAAUGAGAUGGGAAAAGGGGAACUAAAGGAAACAGAAGGGAAAAAUUAGGGUUGGGGCACGUGGAGAUGCUCAUGUCUCUUCUCUGUCCCUCCUCACAGGCAGGUUCGGCGGGCAACGCGGUUGAUGGACGCAGCAGAAGCCAAAUGGAAGAAGGGCCAAUUAAUUAUGUGGAAGAAAGGCGGCUGAAGGAGGGCAGCGGGCUCAGCCUGGUGAAUGGGGGCCGGCCGGAGGCGGGGGGUACCGUGCUGAUGGAGCCCAGCGGGUGGUCGCCGCGUCAGCCGCCCACCACUGGCAAAGCCCACUUGGAAGACGUCCGGAACCUGGUGGCCUUCUCAGCGGUGGCCGAAGCCGUUUCCUCCUACCGGCUCCCACCGCCGGGCUCGCCGUCGCUGCUGUACGAGAAGUUCGACUCGGAGAUGAGCCGGGGCGGGCUGGGCACGGCGGACGGGGUGCCACGAGGAGAGGACCUGCACGCCCUCAAGGCCGCCCUGGCUUUGGCCAAGCACGGUGUGAAGCCCCCCAACUGCAACUGCGACGGCCCCGAGUGCCCCGACUACCUGGAAUGGCUGGAGCAGAAGAUCAAGACGGCUCUCGGAGAAGAGCUGGCGUCACCUCGGCCCCGCGCCGCCGCCAUCCCCCCGCCUCCUCCCCCUGAAGGUGCUAUUGACCCCCAGCCGGUGCCUGAGGCUGCCGAGCCGUGCCCGCCCGACGGCCUCCCCUUUUCCCAGAGCGCGUUGACCAUCGCCAAGGAGAAGAACAUCAGCCUGCAGACCGCCAUAGCCAUCGAAGCCCUCACGCAGCUCUCGGCCGCCCUGCCCCAGCCCGCGGGCGAUGGGCAGCCCCCGCCGCCGCCGCCGCCCCCCGCCGUCCCCUUCGGCCCCGGCCCCCUCGGCCCGCCGGGGGCCGCGUGGCAGCGAGGGGACGAGCCCCGUUACCCGCCCGAGCCGGGAGCAGCACCUGAGCCAUUUUUCGGCGCGGCACCUCCGCGGGGGAACUUCGCGGCCACGUGGGGGCUGGAGGCCGAGGGGGCAGCGGGGGCUGGAGACCCCAUGGCAGAGCUGGAGCAGCUGCUGGGUAAUGCUGACGACUACAUCAAGGCGGCUUUCAAGAGACCCGAAGCGACGGCCGGCAAAAUGACAGCUCCCAAAACAGAACCCCCCGAGCGAGCACCCAGCAAAGAAGCACCGGGUGGCCCCCACUUGCCGCCAGCACCACAGGAGCCUGACCUGCACAAGAAGACGCAGCUGGUCCUGCAGCAGCAUCUCCACCACAAGCGCAGCCUCUUCCUCGAGCAAAGCCUGGCGGCGGCGGCGACACCCCCGGAACGGCCGAGCGGCUGGUGGGCUCCCGGCGCCCCCGCCGCGCCCCCCAAGCCCUUCGAAAAGCAGCCCAAAGAGAAGAAGAAGAAAACGCCGCCCGAGAAGCCCCCGCCGGCCAAACCUCUCCGCAAGCAAGUGCAGAUCAAGAAGGCGAAGCAGAAGGACUCGCAGCCGCUCUUCCCUCCCCUCUGGCAGAUCAGCCUGGAGGGGUUUCGGGCGCCCGCCGAACCUCCCGCCGAACCCCCCGCCGAAGAGAUGCAAACGGAGCCGCCGCCGCCGGCCUUCCCGCACCAGCCUCUUGCACUACCCCAGCCCGCCGCAUGCCCCCCGCCACCAAACCCCCUGGACGGCGUCCCCCCGGCUUCCGACUCUCAGGAAAGGGGUGCCCCCGGGGGGGGCCCCCAAAUUCACUCGGCGCCGGCGGGCUCGACUGGCUCGGAGGAAGCGCCGGCUGCCCCCCCGCCGGCCAGCUCGGCUCCCAUCAUGGUGGAUGACAAGCUGGAAGAGCUCAUCCGACAAUUUGAAGCCGAAUUUGGGGAGAAUUUCAACCUGCCGCCCCCCGAGACGCCUGCCCCGCUCGCCCCCGGGGCUGCCGAGCUGCCGGGGGGGCCAGCACCAGCCCCGCAAGGGUCCCCCACCGCGGCCACCACCGCGGCCACCGCCGCCCCGGCUCCCAGCAGCGCUCCCCAAGCCGGACCCAAAAGCAUCUCUCCAGGGAAGGGGCCACUGUCAGAGCCACCUUUCACUGCCCGCUCCCCCAAACAGAUCAAAAUCGAGUCUUCUGGUGCUAUCACCGUGGUGUCUACCACGUGUUUUUACUCUGAGGAAAGCCAAAACCCAGACGUGGACGACGUCGACAGAACACCCACCAAGGACGAGGUGCCGCUGACGCCGACCCUGAGCGGCUUCUUGGAGUCUCCGCUGAAAUACCUGGACACGCCGACCAAAAGCCUCCUGGACACCCCUGCCAAGAGGGCACAGGCUGAAUUCCCCACCUGUGACUGCGUUGGUGAGCCAGCAGCCGUGCUGGGGAGUGGUGGGGAGGGUGGCAGAGGUGGCUUUGCAGGGUGGGGUCGACCUGGGAAGGUAACGGAAGCCGUGGCAUCAGCAAAGCCCUGAUUUGUGGGGAGGAAAGGGGUGGCUGUCGAUGGGUGAGGGUUCUCCAGCAGCGUUUCCCGCAGACACAACCAGGAGGAGAAGCUGCUGUGCCUGGUGCGGCACCGCGCCGGCCACCACUGCCAGAACGCCGUCAUCAUCAUCCUCAUCCUGGCCUGGGAGGGCAUCCCCCGCACGCUGGGGGACACGCUCUACCAGGAGCUCACCGACACCCUCACCAAGUACGGCAACCCCACCAGCCGCCGCUGCGGCCUCAACGACGACCGGACCUGCGCAUGCCAAGGCAAGGACCCAAACACCUGCGGUGCUUCCUUCUCCUUUGGCUGCUCCUGGAGCAUGUACUUCAACGGCUGCAAAUACGCCCGCAGCAAAACUCCCCGCAAGUUCAGGCUGGUGGGAGACAACCCCAAAGAGGAAGAGCUGCUCCGGAGAAGCUUUCAGGACUUGGCCACCGAGGUUGCUCCACUUUACAAGAGGCUGGCGCCGCAAGCCUACCAAAACCAGGUCACCAACGAGGAUGUAGCCAUCGACUGCCGGCUGGGCUUGAAGGAGGGGAGGCCGUUCUCGGGGGUGACGGCAUGCAUGGACUUCUGUGCUCACGCUCACAAGGACCAGCACAACCUCUACAACGGCUGCACCGUGGUCUGCACACUGACGAAGGAAGACAAUCGUGUGGUGGGGAAAAUUCCUGAAGAUGAGCAGCUGCACGUCCUCCCCCUCUACAAGAUGUCCAGCACAGAUGAGUUUGGCAGCGAGGAGAACCAAAACGCCAAGGUGGGCAGCGGGGCCAUCCAGGUGCUCACGUCCUUCCCCCGCGAGGUCCGCAAGCUGCCCGAGCCUGCCAAGUCCUGCCGGCAACGACAGCUGGAAGCCAGGAGAGCUGCUGCCGAGAGGAAGAAGCUGCAGAAAGAGAAGCUGAUGACGCCAGAGAAGAUCAAGCAGGAAGCGCUCGAGCUCCCCACGCUCCAGCCAAAUGCAGGUAUGGCAUUGAAAGGCGGGAUACCCCCGCAGCCGCUGAAACCUUCCAUCAAGGUGGAACCCCAGAGCCAUUACAACGCCUUCAAGUACAACGGCAACGCCGUGGUGGAGAGCUACUCGGUGCUGGGCAGCUGCCGGCCCUCCGACCCGUACAGCAUGAACAGUGUUUACUCUUACCAUUCCUACUAUGCACAGCCCAAUCUGCCUUCCGUGAACGGGUUUCACUCCAAGUUCGCGCUUCCCUCCUUCGGGUAUUACGGCUUUUCCAGCAACCACGUGUUCCCCUCACAGUUUCUCAAUUACGGGGCGCCCGAGAGGAGCGGGAGCAGCUGGGUCAGCAACGGCUACGAGAAGAAGCCCGAUGUCUCAGCGCUGCAGGAGAACCUCAACCACACCUACGGGAACACCAAUUUCCCUGAGCCCAUCCCGCACAGCGUGCGGAGCAAAAACCAUCACCAGCGCACCUACGAGCGAGCCAACCGCUACGCCAGCCAGCAGAAAGCGGCUGCGGCAACGCCCGGGGCGCACAGGACUAGCUCGGGCUCGGAGGAGGCACCAUCGUUUGCACAGAACUGUUUUGGCAGCAGGCCCAUCAAGCAGGAGCCUCCAGACCCCCCGCCCGCCAUUGAGCCCCUUCCCAGCGCUGCGGCCGUGCCCGGCGCUGGUUUAACGCUGCCGGCCGUCCCUGCGCACGGCACGGCGCCGGAGCAGCGGUGGAGCCCCUUCAAGGCACCCCGGGGCACAGCUUCCCCUGAGAGGACUAGCACAGCUGAGGGCUCAUGGAGCGCGCUGGCGCCGGGCUCAGGCGGGCGGGAGAAGCUGAGCGCCUUCGAUGCCGCCGUGCGCUUGCCACCACCUGAGAAGCAGUGGUCCCAUGUCCUGGCUGGAGAGACGGCGGCGGCGGCAGCGCCCGGCUCGGGCUUGCUGCCGAAAUCGUGGAGCCCCUGCAAGCUGGGGGAGACGGCGCUGGCGGGCACGGGCACCCCGGGCCUGCUGGGGUCACUGGGGUUCAGCUCGGCUCUGCCAGGGCUCCCCAGCUUCCCCGAGGAGCCGUGGGGCUCCGUGAAGGUGGAGGAGCAGAGGACACCAGCACCCAGCCUGGGGCUGGCGGAGAAGCCUUGGGAGGCAGCAGUGGGUGAGAAGGGGGUGGCAGGACCCCACCAGGAGAAGCCGUGGGACCCCUUUGGCCUGGAGGAGGAUCUGCCGGAGAAGGCAGUGAAGGAGGAAGAGGAAGAGGAGGAGGAAGAGGAGGAGGAAGAGGAAGAGGAGUGGUCAGACAGUGAGCACAACUUCCUGGAUGAGAACAUCGGCGGCGUGGCCGUGGCACCCGCCCACGGCUCCAUCCUCAUCGAGUGUGCCCGCCGCGAGCUCCACGCCACCACCCCGCUGAAGAAACCCAACCGCUGCCACCCCACCCGCAUCUCCCUCGUCUUCUACCAACACAAGAACUUGAACCAGCCCAACCACGGCCUGGCGCUGUGGGAGGCCAAGGUGAAGCAGCUGGCGGAGCGGGCUCGGGCCCGGCAGGAGGAGGCGGCGCGUCUGGGGCUGCCGCCGGACGCCAAAGCCUUUGCCAAGAAGCGCAAGUGGGGCGGCGCGUUGGCGACCGAGGCGCCCAGCAAGGAGAGGAGGGACUCAGUCCCCACGCGGCAGGCGGUGGCAAUCCCCACCAACUCUGCCAUCACUGUGUCCUCCUACGCCUACACCAAGGUGACGGGCCCCUACAGCCGCUGGAUCUGAGACCAAGGCGACCGCCAUGGCCCCAUCUUACCUCAACCCUCGGCAGCGCCGCAGCCCGGCGUUGCUUCGUGGUGCUUUCUCCUCGGGCAUGGGGGAGAAGAAAACAAAAGUAAAUAGACGAAACCGAAGCGAAACACAACAACCACAAAAAAACAUAAAAAAAAAUCCAACCCAUAGGAAACGAACCCAACGCGUGUGCUUGGGAGCAGCGGAGCCGGCGCGGGCUCACGCCGUCGGAGAGCUGCGCCCGGGGAGGAGUUGGCAAAGCAAGCAAAACUUGGUUAAAAAACCCAAGAGGAACGAUGCUGUUUGAUGAUUUUAGGUAAUCUCAUAUUUAUAUCUCCAUGUUUUUUAAUCUAGCCUCGGAUGAAUUUCCUAGUGUCCUUUCGCAAGGAGAGGUUUUUAAUUCCACUUAAAAUGGCCUGUUUGUUGGAUUUGAUUUUAUUUUAUUUUUUACUCCGAUGACAACGACGAAGCCGAUCUUUGAAAGAGAAGCCAACAUUGAAAAACCACCCUAAUCAUGAAUCCAAACCAACUUGAACACCAAACCAGCUCAAAGGCAAGAGGUGACUCCCUCCAGCUCCGCCGCGUGGGGGCUGGUGGGACCGUGUGCUUUACUGUCAGCCAGACACGCUGAACAUCCAAUUAUUUUUAUUCCAAGGACCUAAAAAUACCAAUUUUGCAGCUUGAGGAGACCUUUCUCACAGCAACGGGAGCCCGCGAGCGAGCGGGCCAUCCUGGGAUGGCGCGUCUCCGCCCGGCUCCUUGCCUCUGGCGGGAUCGGCUCUGCCGCCGCGGAGCAAAACCGGCGUCUCUCCUGGCGCCGGAGACCUCAGGACACGUCCGGGCUGGGGAACGCCGCUGCCGGGGGGCCACGCUCGGGCUCGGACUUGGGGCUUCUUUGCCCACGGCCUCCGGGGCGAGCGGCAGCGGCGGCGUCUCCGUAGGAGCCGACGGGACAAAAACAGAAGAAAAAAAAGAAAAAAAAAAAUUACAAAAAACAGGAAAAAAACACAAACCAACCCCAAACUGUGAAUAGCGAGUGUUGCUCUCUGUACAUCACUGUUGCUAAAGUCUGGUGCUUUCCGUCUCCGGGGGACUUUCUCCGUGCAAUCGGCUCUGGGAAGAGCGAAUCCCAAGACUUGGCUGGCCAAAACCCCGCCGGGUCCGCCUUCCCCGCCGGUGCCGGCGAGCCGCGGCCAACGCCGCCGGGGCUCGGUGCUCUUUUCUCUCCCCGGGUGCCAUCCCUCCUUCCUACGGAUCACCGUUCUUCCCUCAAAAAAAAACAAACAAAAAAAAACAAAACCCCAACCCAACCAAUAACCCAGCAACGACGACAACCGCGUGGUGCUUUUCGAACACUCUCAGUCGAGACUUCCCGCCCGGCGCCGGGACGGACGGAGCGCGGCCGAGCUGCCCCGCGGCUCGCCGGGAGCGCGGCGUGGCCGGAGCCGGGGGCCGGCGUCCCCGGGCGGGGUCGUUGCUUUUGCACUUUGAGGUGCCUUUUGGAGAGCCAGCGAGGCAGCGCCGACGCCGUCGCCGUGCGGGAUCACCUCGUGUUUACCGUCACCCUCCUUCCCCCCAUCGCGCACGGGCACGGAUCAGCAGGAUCUCGGUAAAACAGCCUGAACAUUGACGUGGUCUGAUUUUAAACCUGUAAAUAGGGAAAGAAAUUUUUUUAAAAGCACUUUCACCUAGAUUUAAAAAAAAAAAAAAAAAGAAUGAAAGCGAAACUUAAAAAAGCAAACAACUCCCCUCUUUCCUCUCCCCCCACUCCCCCCAACUUGAAGCAGUAUGUUUUAAACAAGAUUAUCGUGGGAGAACUGUAAAUACUGGCAGAAUAUUUAACAUGCUUUGUCCGUCCUUCAUCAUUAAUGAAUUUUUUUUUUUUUUUGUUUUUUGUUUUUUUGUUCGUUUUUUAACCGUAAUCUGUAAAGUCGCGUAUAUUUGACAAGGAAACUCAACGAGCUAUUCCCGCUUUUCUUAGAAAUACCCAAUAGCAUAUCAGGAUUGUAAGAGUCAGAUUUUAGGGACGCCGGCGGGCGAUGCCGGGGACCCGCCGUGUCGCCGUGGUUCGGAACGCGGAGCGGGGACGAUCCGGGGCCGGGUUCGGGUGCCGGCCCUGUUGUUGUCACCCGGGCUCUCUGGCUGGCGUGACGGGGGUGCCUUGGAGGAGAAGGAGCGUUGGGAGAAGGCGAUGGUCCGUGUAACCUGUCUAAGUCCUGCUUCCUCAGAGGUUUUUCGGUGCAGGGAGGGGUCGGUCCGGCGCGGCGGGUUCAGCCCGGGAGAGCGGGGAGCUGCCGGCGCCGCGGGUCGGGGAGCGAGAACUGCUGCAGUCUCAACGUUUUUACACUACAUAAACUUUGUCUAACCUACCUCAACUCUCAGUCAUUACGAAUUCGCACGCUUCAGACUUCUACACAAACUCGAAAUCUAUGCACAGCUCUUUACCCCUUGCUGCUGAGAGGCUGUUUCCAAGCAAAAUCUUUUCCCUUUACCCGUCCCGGCGGCCGCGCUUGUCCCGCCCGUGCCGAAGCCGCGGGGGUCGCGGAGCUCGGGGGGGAGGGAUGUUUUUAACGAGUGGGAUGUGGGGACCUGGUUUUGCAGCAGGUCAUGGCCACAAUGGUGCUAGAACAACAGCCGUGGUGGAAACCCCAGGGAGGGCUCGGCGCGGGGAGCCCCGACCGGCUCCUCCGUCCCGCUUUGGUUUUUCUGGCCACGGUGCUUCGCCUCGGGCAGGAAACGGGGGAUGCAAUUUGGGUCCCCCUCCAUCUCGAUGCUCUCGGGAUGAGGCAUGGGAAGGAGAAGGAAACCAGAAUCCCUGAGGUGCCUCAAUUGCUGAUUUUUCCUUUUAAUACUGGAGUACGCUUUGUGGGCUCUAUAAGGCAUAUUUUUAUUAAAUGAAAUCUUGUAAUACAAACGGUGCUAUGGUGUUUUAACAAACUGUAUCACGCUUCUGCCUGAUUCCAUCUCGCUGAGGUGCUACUAAUGUAUAUAUCAAAUUAAGGAACCAAGUUAAAAAAAACAAAAAAACAAAAUUUAAGCAAUGUCGUUGAGAAGGAAGUUUACUUUUCCGGAGCGACAGCUCGAGGCGUGCCGGGAGCCGGUUGGGUUUAUGCAAACUGAAAGAGGCGCCGUGUCCGAGGCGUGCCGCCGGCCGGGGUCGUGGUGGAGCCGUUCCCUGCGGGUCCGGGGCGGGUGUGGUCCCGGGAUGAGGUGCUAGAGGUGAUGUCCAGGUGCAGGGCUCAGCCAGGUGUCCGCAGUGCUCGGCCAGGUGUGUGGUCAUGGUGCUUAGCCAUAGUGCCUGGACAGGUGUGUGGCCAUGGUGCUUGGAUAGGGUGCUCGGCCAGGUGUGUGGUCAUGGUGCUUAGCCAUAGUGCCUGGACAGGUGUGUGGCCAUGGUGCUUGGCCACAGUGCUUGGACAAGCUGCUCGGACGUGGAGUGUGGACAUAAGUGCUCGGACACGGUGCUCAGCCACACGUGGUGGCUGUGGUGCUCAGACGCGGUGCUCGGUCACACAUCGUAGACGCGGUGCUUGGACUCGGUGCUCAGGCUCAAUGCUCGGCCACAGGUCAUGGACAUAGCGUGGUCAUGGACGUGGUGCUCGGUCGUGAUGCUCGGCCACAGGUCAUGGACAUAGCGUGGUCAUGGACGUGGUGCUCAGGAACGGUGCUCGGCCACUCCUUGUGGACACGGUGCUCGGACAUGGUGCUCAGUGCGGUGCUCAGACGUGGUGCGUGGACAUGGUGCUUGGUCCCCGUGCUUGGCCACUCAUGAUGGACGUGGUGCUCAGACAUGGUGCUUGGACAUGGUGCUUGGUCCCAGUGCUUGGCCACACAUGAUGGACAUGAUGCUCGGACAUGAUGCUCGGACAUGGUGCUUGACUGCGGUGCUUGGAUGUGGUGCUUGGACACUGAUCAUGGACGUGGUGUGUGGACAUGGUGCUGUGUUUGGUGCUUUGACUUGGCACAUGGACAUGGUGCUUGGGCACGGUGCUCUGCUGUGGUGCUCGGACAUCGUGUGUGGACAUGGUGCUUGAUCCCAGUGCUUGGACAUGGUGCAUGGACAUGGUGUGUGGACACGGUGCUUGGCCACAGUGCUCGGACAUGGUUCUCAGACAUGGUGCAUGGAGAUGGUGCUCGGGCAUGGUGCUCAGCCAUGCACCAUGGAUGUGGUGCUCAGCCGUGGUGUGUUGACAUGAUGUGUGGACAGUGCUUGGCCAGGGCGUGUGGACAGUGCUUGACCGCAGUGCUCGGACAUGGUGCAAGGGCAUGGUGUUCAACAUGGUGCUUGGACAUGGGGCAUGGACAUGGUGCUCGGGCACGGUGCUCAGCCAUGCCACCAUGGACAUGGUGCUCGGACGUGGUGCUCAGACAUGAUGUGUGGACAUGGUGCUCAGCCGGGGUGUGUGGACAUGGUGCAUGGACAUGGUGCUCGGACAUUGGUUCUUGGACAUUGGUGCUUGGACAUGGUGCAUGGACAUGCUGAGUGGACAUGGUGCUCGGACAUUGGUUUUUGGACAUUGGUGCUUAGACAUGGUGCAUGGACAUGCUGAGUGGACAUGGUGCUCGGACAUGCUGAGUGGACACUGGUGCUUGGCCAUGCACUGUGGACAUGGUGCUCGGACGUGGUGGGUGGACACGGUGCUCAGACAUGGCACAUGGACAUGGCGCUCGGCUUGGUGCUUGGGCUCGGUGCUUGGCCGUGGCUCCUGGGCCCGUGCUCUGCCGUGGUGCUUGAACAUGGCCCCUGGCCGUGGUGCUCGGCCACGACGUGAUUUGACCACGUGUUGUGGGCAUGGUGCUUGAGCGUGGUGCUCCGUGGGUGGUGCUCAGGCACGGUGUGUGGACAUGGCACUUGGCCACACACCCCGGACAUGAUGUGUGGACAUGGUGCUGAGCUGGGUGUGUAGACACAGCGCUCGGCUGUGGGGCUUGGACACGGUGUGUGGGCACGGUGGUUGGGCAUGGAGCAUGGACAUGGUGAUUGCCCAGAGCAUGGACAUGAUGGUUGAGCACAGAGCAUGGGCACGGUGGUUGGGCAUGGAGCAUGGACACGGUGGUUGCCCAGAGCAUGGACACGGUGGUUGAGCACAGAGCAUGGACACAGUGGUUGGGCAUGGAGCAUGGACACGGUGGUUGCCCAGAGCAUGGACACGGUGGUUGCCCACCCUGCACGGCGCACAGCUCGGUGCUGCUCGGGCACCGGGCACCCCCAUGGCGCUGCCCCGCUGAGCCCGGUCCUGGCGCUGCUCCCCUUCAGCACCAACCCUGAGCAACCAACCCUGAGCAACCAACCCUGCGCUGCUGGUGCUCAGCAGCACGCCAGCCCCAUGUCCAGCACCAUGUCCAUCCUGUGUCCAUCCCAUGUCCAUCACUGUGUCCAUCACCAUGUCCAUCACCGUGUCCAUCCCAUGUCCAUCCUGUGUCCAUCCCAUGUCCAUCACCGUGUCCAUCCUGUGUCCAUCCUGUGUCCAUCCUGUGUCCAUCACCAUGUCCAGCACCGUGUCCAUCCCAUGUCCAUCCUGUGUCCAUCCCAUGUCCAUCCUGUGUCCAUCCCAUGUCCAGCACCAUGUCCAGCCCUGUCCAGGCUCCCGCAGCCCCUCGCUCUCAUCCCCUCCUGCCUCCCCUGCGCUCCUCCCGCCUCUUUCUUUUCCCCUUCCCUUUUUUUGGGUUGAUUUUCCUUUUUUUGGGGUUUCUUGGUGCUACUUCCCCCCCGUGCCCCCCAGCAGAUACCUCAGCCCCCAGCCCCGGGUGCAGCUUGUCCGGGAUCAGGGAUCCUCUCCCACAUUUCCGAGAUCUCUCCCGCAUUUUUGGGAUCCUCUCCCGCAUUUCUGGGAUCCUCUCCUGCAUUUCUGGGAUCCUCUCCCACAUUUUUGGGAUCUUCUCCCACAUUUUUGGGAUCCUCUCCAUGUUCCCUCCUUUUCCCUUUUCCCUUUCCCACCCGGGUUUUCCCCAUUCCUGCGCCUCCUUCAGGGAUUUUUGACCCCGCCGCAAUUUCCUCAUUUGGGUUCUGGGAGUGAGGAGGGAUUUUGGCUUGGUGGGAUUUUUAUUUUAUUUUAUUUUAUUUUAUUUGGAAUUUUUUUAAUUCUAUU